AGCCCAGGAAAAAUAGGCAUCCACGUAUUCGUGGGUGUAGUGGGUUUGUGUUUGUUUGGUAUGUUGGGGGAUGAGAGGGUUAGUGUACAGAAAAACUAAACCCACAGCAAAACCCAGGCGCCGUCACGGGGCAUCUCCCACCCGACUGCUUUGAAGGCGAUGCACUUGACAAACGCUCAAUGUUUGUUUCGGUCCUGGACCGUCGGGCACGAACGUACUAAUUAACUCGAAUUAAUCAGCACCCUUACAACUCAAGCUUAAAGGCUGUGGUGCAGAUAAAGGUCAUUAUCUGUGAAAGCCACUGCCCGGCCGCGAUUCACGCGCGUCCCUGAGCCUCCCCUCAGCGCUGGCGCCCCCUCCUCGCAGGGAGCGGAGCGGGGGCGGGAAACCCUCACCCACACCAGCCUCCUGAGGAGGAGCACGGCAGGGGCGCUUUAACAGUGGGCUGGGUGCGGCGGGGCAAAAGUAUAAAGCGUGAGGAGCGAGGCGAGCCCGCUAGGUACCGUCUCUCGUCCCAGAGGAGCGGGCGGGGCUGUCCCGUUCUCCUCAGGCUCCCGCCCUGCCCCGGGCCCGCAGCACGGAGGGGGCGGGGAGGCAGCGGUUGGUUAUCAGUAGGGGCAAGCAAUUCUUCUAAUACAGCACAUUUACUGUGGAAGAUCUUGAGUUGCUUCACAAAUUAGGGGAGGUCAAGAACAGAGUCUUCAGAUAAUCAAUUUUACUACAGAUAUGCCUGCUGCCUGAAAAUUAAUUUUCUAAGUCUGGAAGCCUGUGGACUUUUGUUAGAUGUGUGAUUAGUUUGACUGUGACUGUGUUUAAGGAAAACAUUAAUAUUUUUAAAGGAACAACACUGGUAUCUUCUUUUACAAAGCCAAAGUGUCAAGCAGAAGAUGUCAGACAGUCAUUCAGUGAAGUUCAAUAUUCUUAAAAGAAAUAGAUUAAUAUCUCCCAGCAGCAAUUUUAAAUACUCAAAUUUUAAAGACAUGUGUUGCACUUCAGCAUUUCUGGACAGCAGAUACAAUGAGUCAGUAAAAGAUCUUGAUGCAGAACAUAAAGAAGCACCAAGUGUAACAAGUAUUUCAUUGCUACAAGGGCAUUCUGAGCACAUUCAUCCAAAUGCCUUCAUUCCCGUGUCAUCAUCUAUCGAAAAAGAACUGAAUUCUAUCUCAAUAUCAGAAGAAAAAGAAGCAACAGGAAGUGCAGAUGGUUUUGAAAGUCCUAAAUCAAGUAGAAAAAGCUCUUCACUACGCAGGAGACUGCUUUUACCCAAGACUGUUGAAGCUGGCACAACUGUAGAAAGCUGUGAAAGGCAAGCUAGUUCUUCAGGAAGCAUCAGGAAAAAAAAAUUCUCCUGUGUUUUGAACUCCGAAGAAAAACUUCCAAAAACUACUGCAGAUUCUUCAAAAGAUAAAAGUUGCAAAACUCUGACAACUAGCACUUCAAAACCUGAGGGCUCUAAUCCUCGUUUUCCAAAACGGAGAAUUUCCUUUUCACAGCAAAGGACUUCCACAGUAGAUGAGUCCCAGUGUAAGGACCCCUUAUUGCUAGAGUCGGAAAGUUUAUCUCCAAUUCAGUGUAAGGAUGGAAUUGUUAAUAACACUAAUGAAUUCAAUGGAAGUGUUCUUAUGAGAGUUGGUGACGGGGUGCUUAGGACUCUUACUUACAACGAAGCCAAUGAGAGUAAAUUCCUGACUUCUAUCAACAGUCCUGUAGAGAACUUGAAUUUUGGACUAUGUGAUAUAAACUCUCCCCCUGUUAAGGUGGUAAAUUACCCAGAUCUUUCAACACCUGAGGAUAGUGGAUAUAAUUCACUUCCUUUGGACAAAUCAGGAGACUCAUUGUCUGAUCAUGAGGGAUCUUUCCAAGAGCUCUUUCAAAAGCACAGAGAAGAUUCCAAAAUUCUAGAUAAUAAAAGAAAAACAAGAAAACUUGAACGAGUUAGAAGGUUAUCCACUCUUCAGGAACAGGGUUCACAGUCAGAGACAGAAGAUAAUCAUGGCAGUCCUACUUCAAUGCAUAUAUUAACAGAAGAAAGAAAUUUUGUCAGGGAAGAUCAUGAAUUAGUUCUAAAAGAACAACCUAAUGGAGACCUGGUUGUAAGUCAUGGAGAUCUCUCAAGAACUCCAGCUCUGAAAAUAGUUCAUGAAAUUUGCUUGCAGAGACAAAGAUCGGACCAAAAGCAAAUAUCAGAGAAUAUUGAUGGAACAGAAAUAUUUGCAUUAGAUCAUGUCCUUCCUGGACUUAUUGGCAAGAAAAUGGGCCUUGACAAAUUAGAUAUUUUAACAGAAUUAAAAGACAGAAAUUUAAAACAUGUUCUUGCUAUAGUUUUAGAUGCUUUGACAGUGGAAAGUCUAUGCAGCAUUUGGAAAGUAAGCAAAAACUGGCGUGAAAUCGUUGUACAAGAUAAAAGGGCAGAUAAGAGGAGAAAGUUGUACAUAAAACAGCAGAAAGAAGAAGCUGGGGAAUAUUUAUUGAAGGCUGAAGAUGCUGCCACAAGGCUUAAUAUUCUCAAUAGAUCUGCUCUAAGGCCUGUUCAAGCUCAAGCCAGAACUCCUGUACUACAAACACCACCUUCAUACACUGAAAUUACACCCACUAACACUAGUUACUCAGCUAGCAGACAGGAAGAAUACCUGAAAGUUGCUAAAACUCUGUUCACUGACGAAGCUCUAAAACCCUGUCCAAGAUGUCAAUAUCCUGCUAAAUAUCAACUGGUAAAGAAUCGGGGGCUGUGUAGCAGAGAGGCAUGUGCAUUUGAGUUCUGUAUUUUAUGUCUGCAUGCAUUCCAUGGCUCAAAAGAAUGUAACAGUUUAUCUGCAAAACGGAAGAACAAAAAAGAUGCUCCUCCAGGAAGCGCCCAAAGCAAAAGAAAUUUAAAAAGACUCUAAAUUUGUAAGGCAUGCAACUCCUUACAUUCAAUUCCUCUUCCACUUCUCAUAAAUUCCUAAUCUUGUUCCUCUUCAUAUAUUUCAUUUCUUUAUACUUCAUAUAAAGAUAUGCAUUUUGAAAGUCUCAUUCAAUUUGUUACCAAGGUACCUUCUCAUGUAUAUAUCUUAAUCAAUGUAGUAUAUUUUUAUUUUUAAAAAAAUGAACAUUUAAAAGUAUUUUGUCUUCUUUUACUUGUUGAGUAGUAGCUAGGCACUUACUAACAUCUUAAUUUUUAAAUAAAUAUUUAUAUGUAGUCUGUAUUAUUUAGCUUACAACACCUCUUAGAUGUUUAAAAAUGUGAUUCUUGUCUUAAAG